AUGAGCCAUUUCUGCAGGACCCCACAGGUGGUGUCUCUGGGUCUGGUGCUGGGGUCGGACUCUUACUUGCGAUGCCGGUGGAACGUGCUGGACGGCAUCCUGGUCUCCAUGUCAAUGAUCGAUAUGAUAGUGACCCUGGCUGACCCCUCACACAACAAUGCAGAGAAGAGCAUGCUGGGGAUCUUUAAGGUCCUUAGGCUGCUGAGGACCAUGCGCCCGCUGAGGUAA